GCCAGAAGCCAGCAGGACAGUAAGGGACGCCGUGUCUAGGAAGACUCUUUAAGAAACCACAAUGUCAUCCAACACAGACCUUUCUCUCUCUUCAUAUGAUGAAGGUCAGGGGUCUAAGUUUAUCUGGAAAGCUAAGGAGACACUGUUUGUCUCCAUUGGGAUGGCGGGCUUUGCAGCAAUUGUGGCAUAUGGAUUAUACAAGCUGAAGAGCAGGGGAAACACGAACAUGUCCAUUCACUUGAUCCACAUGCGGGUAGCCGCCCCGGGCUUUGUGGUGGGAGCCAUGACUCUUGGUAUGGGCUAUUGCAUGUAUCAGGAAUUCUGGGCCAAACCUAAGCCUAAGCCUUAGAAGAGCUGCUGCCUUGGUCUGGGAAGUGCCUGCUUUAGUUAGACGUCUCAUAUUGAGGUUAUGUGUUUGUGUCUGCAAUAAAU